AUGGACCUCAGUAUCAGUAUGACAACCUGCUCCUCUCUCCUGGCCUUGGGGAUGAUGCCUCUCUGUCUUUUAAUCUACACCAGCGUAUGGACAUCCAGUGACACCAUCAACAUCCCGUUUGACAGUAUCGGUAUCACUCUGGCAGCCCUAAUCAUCCCGAUUACUGUGGGAAUGUACGUAAAGCACAGGUGGCCUGAGAUGGCAAAAAAGAUCCUGAAGGUGGGAUCCAUUGCUGGCUUGGUUCUCAUUAUCAUUAUAGCUGUGGUUGGAGGAGUCCUCUACCAGUCGUCCUGGACCAUUUCUCUCUCCCUGUGGAUAAUUGGCACCAUCUACCCCUUUAUUGGAUGCAGCCUUGGGUUCUUCCUGGCUCGCUUUGUGGGUCAACCCUGGUACAGAUGUCGAACCAUUGCACUGGAGACAGGUUUCCAGAAUUCCCAGUUGUGCAGCACUAUCGUCCAACUGUCCUUCAGCCCAGAGCAGCUGGAAAUCAUGUUUGCCUUCCCCCUCAUCUACAGCAUCUUCCAGGCUGCGGACCAGAUCCCUCUCACUGAUGCACCCUCGCACAGUGCUCCCCACCCCCUUAGGGAAGCAUCUGUGGACACCACCUUGCGAAACAACACCCUCCCAUCUGAGAGCCCUGAUGCAGUAGCCUGGGCUCCCUCCAGGGAUAGAGAACUAGCAUGCACGAUGCGGUUACCAUCAGCCUCCUCCAGAGGUGACGCGAUGCACACAAGUGGUGAGAGAGAGUCCAGCAUUGAAACACUCUCAUCUUUACCAGUCCAAGUGGCACUGCAGUGA